GCCAGAAAGGCGAAGCGGUAGCAUUACCUACAUCAGCAACGAGGUUGUAAAAAGAAAGUGAAGUUUAGACUCCUCUGAUAUUCUGGAGCUGACAGUCCAGCAAGCAAGGGUGCUAAAAGCAACUCGUAAGAAACAGAAACCUUCAGGGACACAAUAUCCAAACAGGGGCAACAGUAAUUAAGUACUUAACUGUGUCCUGCUUUGGUCUGCAUUGGCCACAAGAUGUUUGGCUUCCACAAGCCUAAGAUGUACCGGAGCCUGGACGGAUGCUGCAUCUGCAGGGCCAAAUCAUCCAGCUCACGGUUUACUGACAGCAAGCGCUAUGAGAAGGACUUCCAGAGCUGCUUUGGAUUGAACGAAGCCCGCUCAGGAGAGAUUUGCAAUGCCUGUGUGCUGCUGGUGAAACGAUGGAAGAAGCUCCCAGUGGGCUCCAAAAAGAACUGGAAUCAUGUGGUUGAUGUCCGUGCAGGACCAAGCUUGAAGACAGCAUUGAAACCUAAGAAGGCAAAAUCCCUCACUGGGAGCAGAAUAAAAGCCAGUCAGAUCAGCAAGAUCCAGAAAGAGCUGAAACGUCAGAGUAAGUACUCAGAUGCCCACAGUACCACCUCCAGUAUGUCUCCUGCGCAGUCUCCCUGCUACAGUAACCACUCAGACGAGGGCUCUGACACGGAGAUGGCAUCCGGGUCCAGCAGGGUGCCUGUGUUCUCCUUUUUAGACCUCACGUACUGGAAAAGGCAAAAAGUCUGCUGCGGAAUCAUUUACAAGGGCCGUUUUGGAGAAGUGCUAAUUGAUCCUCAUCUCUUCAAGCCCUGCUGUGCCAGCAAGAAGAGAGUAACAGAAACUCCAGAGCAACAAGCAGUUCAGUCACCCUCUGCUUCAAAGGAUGACGAGUGGUGAAGCGGCUCAGCUCAUUCAGAGGGAGGCAGAGAGAGGGGGAAAGACUGAUAGAGACAAAAUGCAUUGAAAAGAUUGUGUUUGUCAGAAAGUUGGAGUGAAUGAUAAGACUGCCUAAAUGAACUGACCUGCCAAAAAGACUGACAGUACUCUUUAAAAUUUUUUGUCCUGAGACUCACAAGAGGGCAGUGGGGUUGGGUGGGAGGUGGGGUCAGUUGAUUUGUUGUGUUUUUAAGAACAGAAUCUGUAAAUUGUUGUAUAUUUCAUGAGCUGCACGCAUAUUAAGUGGAGUGGAGCGUGCCUGUAAAGUGCUAUUAUUUAGGAUUUAUAUCUUUUGAUUAGUAAUUGACUUUUUUCUUGUGCUGAGUGAGUGGGAUUGGGAAAAGUGAGUGAGUGUUGUAAAAUAGCUGCCAGUGUUUGGAAAGCGUUAAUUGUCUUGACUGUGGGCUGGCAGAGUCAGUUUUGCUCAGUGCAUAGUUCAGCCAUGUGAUUUUUGUUUUGAAAGGACUCAAGUUUUGAUGCUCAUGUAGGCUCAGUUGCCCAAGCUGCCAUACAGCUCAACUUCCACUGUAGAUUGGGAAGUGAGAAAUGGAAGGCCCAAGUAUCAAUCGGAAACUAAAAUUCGGCACCUUCCCAGUGGAAACACCACUUCCCUGUCCCCACCCACUGAAUGCUGAGGUGGUUGGAGGGGCAAGCGAGACAACACCUGACCUCGUAGCCUAGCACAUUCCAAAUCGGCAAUGUGCAGCCAAGGAGAACAAGGAAAAUGUUCCUUCGCACGAGAUGUAGCAUUUGUAGUCGGUUUAGUGGAAUCCAUUUGCUCACUUUGUCUUGCAGUUUUGAGACAGUUUAAUUCUCCACCAUCUGCAUCACCUGAUGGUUUCGAGCAUGUGACCUCAAUCUGCCAAAUCUGCACUUGGGUACAGAAGUUGGAAUUUGGCCAAGCAUCUCACCACCACGACCGCCUUCCCCCUUCAAAUUACCUGUGCCUGCUGGUUGACGCUGGGGCAGGAACAUUACUUUUUGUGAAUGGACCUUAUCAAAGCAGGGCAUCUUACUGUCCCUACUUCCAGAGACUGGAUUUGCUAAUUGUGCCUCUUGCAUUGACAGAUAAAAGAUGUUAUGUGGUAAGAGUUAUCACGCUAGAUUUGCUAAUUUUAAAGGCAGUUGUUGGUGAGCUUUGCUGUGCCUGGCCACAAAGUUUGCCUUUUUGUGUGCAUUAAACGUUCGUACUUCUUUCCCAUCGUCACCUGCCAUUUGAUUCCAUCCUGAAUGGUCUUUUGCUGUUGAUGUCCUUUUGCAUACACAUGGCCCCUGUUCAGUGCUGAGGUAGUCUUUCAGAGUACAAGGUAACUUUUUUUCCCACCUUCCUUGACUUUGGGGUGCUGGAUGUGUAUGGGCAGUAACCACAAAUUAAACAGAGGUGUAAUGGAAUUGUGGAAAUGUGCAGUAUGCAGAUCCUCUUUUGGCCUCACUGCACACAACCCCAGGCUCCACAAUUCAGCUAUUGAGCAAAACUGAAAAUUCAACCACAGAUAUCAAAAUGUUGCAUCUUCCCUGAUUGCUCUAUCCCUACAGCUAAAAAAAAGGAUUUUAUUUGAAUUGGGUAUGUGUAAAGGCAAGCUGACUGUUAGUAAUGUCAGCUCACUGAUGAUGAGGGGUGUACAUUCCGUGUCAAUUAGUUGCUUUGCUCUCCAGAGCAAAAGUCGGGCCAUGAGACCAAUUGGAUAGCUUUUCCCAAAGAGUAGGCUGGGAUGCAUUUGGAUGUAAGUCGUUGGAAAGCGAUAGCAAUCCAAUUCAAGCCACGAGCCAAAUAAAGAACUGAUCUGUUCAUCUGCCCGGGUGACAGGUGUAACUGUUACAGCAGGCAGGUUGCAGGGAUUUCCUAUAUCUGCAAUUUAGCCCCUGUCUAAUUGAGCCAUUAUCAAAACAUGAGGCGGAGGACCUACCCAUUGAGCAUGCGGUUGGUGUUCAAACUUUUGUUUGCAUGCGGGCAUGUUAAGCGUGCCAGGAAAGGGCAUGCAAAAUUGUGCCACCCACCCACUUCGUACUGGGUUUGAGCAUACCCAGUCCCUGCUGUGCAGCUUGUAUGAAUGUGAGCAUGAGGUCUGGAUUGGAUUCAGAUUCACUCCCAGAGCUUCCUUCCCCACCACUCUAUUUAUUAUUAUUUAUUUUGUUUUCCUCUACAGCAGAAAAUGCCACCGUCUCCUGUCCCUCCUUGACCUAGCUUAGUGCAGCCGGAUGUAUUUUAGUGAUGCACUUUGUAUGUAUUAGAGAUCUAUGGAGCCAGUUUUUUGUACUUUUUUUAUACUGUUAAUAUUCUUCUACUCAAAAUUUUUUUAUUAGUCUGAAAUAAAGUAGACUGCUUUAUA